CCUUCCUCAGACGAUUGAAAUUAACAUUUCUAUGAAUAGUCUAAAGACAGUCAACUACCGCAAAAUUGCUGACAACGACCGAAUCCUAAAGCUUUAAUAUAAUUAGAUAUCAAAUUUGAAUGACAUCUGACUGAGAUGCAAUUGCAAGGAACAGACACCAAACUUCGGUCCUAGAUCCUGAAAGCACUUGAGAAUCCAUGAAAAAGGAGGCUAGCAUCAUCAAGCACAGGCAUAUUGACGAAGUUAUAUUCCUUCGUUCCAGAGAUAUGGAAUAUUGGGAAUUCAUCAAUCACAUACGAAGCUAUAGUAUUAAAGGCACGGAUUUGUAAAUGUUUUCAUAACUGUGGCACAGACUCGAUAGGCAUGAGUCAUCGAUACCCGGAGAUUAAAUGAAGCCACAACCCUUUUCCCUGCUCAAACUUCAUUGACAGCAGUAAGACUUUGGUGGUUAUAUCAGACCUUGCAACCUGAUGACUGGAUUACAGGUGAUAAAUCACUUUCCUCAGCUCUCGCUCGCCCGAGUUAUAUGUUUUCACGCCCUUUGACACCCAUCGUUGGUUGCAGAAUCUCCAAAUAGGUUCACCUUGUGGAGUCCCAGAAUCUCGUUCUCGGAAACUUCUGAGGUGAGUGAAGUUAAUAUUGUCCAGAGCUGUGCCGCAAUGCUUCCUGGAUCUAUGCAGUUAUUGGACUGAAGAAGAAACCAAUUUCAAUCAAUUUACACCCUAUUUUCCAACUUCAAUAAACGCCACCAACACGCCAAUUCGAUAUUUUUUCUACCCGGAGCAUGUCCUUGAAAGCUCACAACGGCCAGAUAGCUGCAAUAGGUACGACUACCUCGUCCCAAGCUGUUGGGAAGUGAUUACUAUCGGCAUCAAGGGUAUUAUCAAACCGUCAACUAGCGUUUAUGAGUGCUAAGGUCUAGCGUAAACGCAGACUUCAUGUCGUUUCUUCCCGAGAUCGCUCUUUGUCUUGACCUUUAACAGCAAGUCCUGCAGUAGAUUGCAGUACCAAACCGGCCCAGCCUCUCUUCGGUAAUAAAAUGGCUCAAGAAGAUGAUCCUUUUUUUGAGCUUUACUCGGUAUUUCGGAUGUUGAACCGGUGGCUUACAGAAGUGCGGCAAGGUAAUUCAAAUAGAGAAGGUGACAUUGCUACUUCAUUCGAGUUACGAGCGACUAUCAAGCGCUGGAGAUUCUCAGAAGUUCAUUCUGCUGAAAAAUAGUAGCUUGCAGCCCAAUCAGAGAUAGACAGGAACUUCCAUAACAUCAUAGCAGCGGGUAAGUACACGUGAAGGUGUGUUGAAUAGUUGAUUGAUUGGCCCUCUAAUCAUGAUGAUGUAAGGAAGACUCGUGAUUCACUAGAUAUUUCCGCAACUGCAGGCAACAAUACUGAAAGUGCGAAAUCGGCUUCAUUUACAAGAGCUGCAGGUCGCGGCUGGAUAUGCAGUCUUUUCCAAAGAAGGAAUAUCCCCGCGUGCUUCAUGCAGCUAUAGUAUGCGUUGCAUCACAUAUACACACUUUUGCUCCAAUAGAUUGUACAAUAGCGUGGCAUUUUUAGAGUUCUAGAGAGCUUGCGUAUCUAC